CGUAAUGGCAAAACCGACACCCAAACGCACCACGGUAGCCUGGCUGACAGCUAGCUUGCUAGCGGCUCAGUACUAAGAACCGUGUUUGAAUUUCUCUUGAUAACCACCAUGGACUUGACUAAUGUGUUAUCGCAGCUCGAAAGUGCCGACGGGCAGGACAUUGAAACGCUUCUCCAGGAGUACAAUACAGAGAACAGCCACACCUUCACUUUUAACCAAAAAGAAGAAACGCUGCGCAGGAAGUUGUGUCAGAGUGUCCUGGUAGUUCUCGGAAUGCAGGUACAACCCAGCUGUCAGAAGACGUGCCUGGAAACACUUCGCAUCCUCUCAAGGGACAAGUGUGUCCUGGCACCUGUAGCCACCCGGGACGGCAUGCUGACUCUGGCCAGGAUGGCCCGACUGAACGCUGGAGAGGGACAGGGUGAUAAUGACAAGGAGCAACCGCAGGAAAGCACGCUAUCAGCAGAGGAGGAGAGAGUGGUGGUGGAGGCCUUGAAGUGCUUGUGCAAUGUGGUGUACAACAGUCCUGCUGCUCAGCAGGUGAGCGUGGACGUCAAGCUGGCCUACGGGCUGUGUGCCAGCCUGCGCACGGCCCCUGCCUGGCACCACGAGGUGGGCCUGUUCACGCUUCGCCUUCUCUUCCUGCUGUCGGCCCUGAGGGCGGACCUGAGGGGGGAGCUGAGGAAAGAAGGACAGGUGGUGAAGCUGCUCACGGAAGUGAUGGAGCACACCCUGGACGUGAGCUGGGACGGCCCCUAUGAGGUGACCCGUCCAGAUCCUCAGGCCUUGCCCCUGCCUGCAGAGGACAAUGAGAGAGCGAUGGAGGCUCUCAAAGCCCUCUUCAACCUCACUGUGUCUAAUGUUGGUGGCAAGGAGGACGACCACCAGUACAGACUCAUGGCUGCCAUUUUGCGCCACCUGUUGAUGUUAAGGACUGAGACAGAGGAAAAAACAGAGGAAGCGCACAGCCACGCCGUCAACCUGCUUAACAACCUGCCCGUGUCCUGCCUGGAUGUCCUCAUCGACCUGCCCGUACAAGGAGGACUGGAGGCAUACGGGGGUAAAAACAUGGACGCCAUACAGGUGUUACUGGACUUCAUGGAGAAACGAAUAGACAAGGGCUCUAACUACAAAGAGGGGCUCACUCCGGUGCUCAGCCUACUGACUGAAGUAUCCAGACACCACAGAGAGAUCCGCAGAUAUAUCAAAGCUCAGGUACUUCCACCACUCAAAGAUGUGAAAAUCAGGCCUGAAGUAGGCACCACCACCAGGAACAAGCUCGUCCGCCUGAUGACUCAUGUGGAGAUGGCUGUCAAGCAGGCGGCUGCUGAGUUUCUCUUUGUUUUGUGUAAAGAAAGUGUGGACAACCUGUUGAAAUACACAGGUUAUGGAAACGCAGCAGGACUCCUUAUGGCUAGAGGGCUGCUGGGAGGAGGCAGAGGAGAGACGGAGUACUCGGAGGAUGAAGACUCUGACACAGAGGAAUACAAAACUGCCAAACCUUUCAUCAACCCUAUCACUGGUCACGUGGAGGAACCCAUGCCCAAUCCCAUGGAGGAGAUGACGGAGGAGCAGAAGGAAUACGAAGCUCAGAAGCUUGUCAAUAUGCUGGACAAGUUGUCAAGCAGUUGUGUCUACAGGCAGAGCUUGAUCCGUCCCAUGGGUGUCAAGCCAGAUGGGACAUUAGCACCCCUUGAAGAGACUCUCCGUGUCCCGCAUGGAGAGAACUCCGGAUCGGACUCUGAUGAGUAAGAACACUUUGCUUCUUGGCCGCAUUUUGAGGGGUGUUCGGCCCAGAAAGAAACCACUCCCACUCUACUAAAGCUGUGUCACACUUCAGUGGCUGGAUCUUUCAGACUACCCAAUGGAGGUGGGUUCUGUAUUAGACGACACAGUUGAGUUGAACCAGUGUCUCUUCUCGGAAAGCAAGCAUUCAAAUCUUUUUGGGUUCUGACGACACACAAUUAAUGGUGGUUCAGGGUGCAGACAAGUCCGAACACAGUAUUUUGACCUCAUAAAUCUAGUAACUUUGAUAAAUUACUACAGCGUAUGCUUGGAUAUGGGCGGCACGGCGGUUGAGUGGUUAGCACGCAGACCUCACAGCUAGGAGACCAGGGUUCAAAUUAAUUAAGAAAUUCUUAAUUUCAGGUGUAUUUUAUUCAGGGACAUUAAAAAAAAAGGUCACGUUGACAAUUGUUCAUACCCUAUGUUUACUAAAUCCAAUGUCUCUCUUUAAGAGUCAAUAGCAUAACAUAGCACCUAGCAGACCUCACAGCUAGGAGACCAGGGUUCAAUUCCACCCUCGGCCAUCUCUGUGUGGAGUUUGCAUGUUCUCCCUGUGCAUGUGUGGGUUUUCUCCGGGUACUCCGGUUUCCUCCCACAUUCCAAAAACAUGCUAGGUUAAUUGGCGACUCCAAAUUGUGAGUGUGAAUGGUUGUUUGUCUAUAUGUGCCCUGUGAUUGGCUGGCGACCAGUCCAGGGUGUACCCCGCCUCUCGCCCGAAGACAGCUGGGAUAGGCUCCAGCCCCGCGACCCUCAUGAAGAAAAGUGGUAAAAAAUGAAUGAAUGCUUGGAUAUUAAUAAGUGUAGCAGCUGUUCAACUUUGUUGGAAAAAAAACAUCCACAUAGUAUCACUCUCUGACGCUGAAAACACCAAGGUAGGUUGGAUUGCAAGGUUUAUAGUGUAUGUAAAGCACUUCCAAUAAUGCCUUGCACACUGCCACUUCCAUAUGACAUUUAUCAUCAUUCAUAUUAUUAAUGUCGUAGUCUGAUUGGCUUCUGGGUGCUCUGGGCACACAGCUUUUCUCCAAAUGAGAACUCUCACAAUUUAAUAUCGCACAAUCUUGUGACACCCUUACUAAACACCCAUACGCUGUCCAUAGCGACUAGUUGGGCAUAUCUACAUGGAUUCUGCAGAUAUGCUGUGAUUAUAACCAUGCAUUAUAGAUACAUUACACAGGAUACAUACAAUGAGUGGUAAAAAUGGAGCACCACCAAGAUCACCAUUUGCAUUAGGCCAUUUGCAUUGAGCAAGUUGGGAGAUCCAGCCCCUUCAGUGUGGAACACAGCUAACAUGGGGUGGUGAGUCCCCACCCCGAUAGUGGGCCUGGUUGUGACUCAAAGCAGUUAUCAAAAUGGACUUUACCGGAGUACUUGGCUGAGGCCUCACUGUUGCACCUUUUGUCUUUAAUUUUAAACGUUCCUAAAUUGAAAGAGUUUUUCCAAAUAGUUUUAUUGCAAAGCUGAUCAGUCAUUCCUUCACUUUAUUUUUUUUUUUUUUGUAGUACUACUUUGUGUUACUGCUACAUAUUUUGUUCAGCCAUACUGCAUAUCUUAUACACGCACACAAGUUAAACACAAUGUCAUCAUAUGAGUGGAAUACGCCUGCUUAGAACAGUCUGAGUUGGAAUGUACUGUAUUUAGUCAUCAAUUCACUGUGAAUUGUUUUUGAAGCUCUCAAGUGAGCCUUAUGCUGGUUUAUGGUUUUUGCAAUGGAUGUUUCACACCGGCUCUGUGCAGCUGUAAAAGAGCAGAAGUACCACCGUAAUUUCCGAACUGAGCGCACCUGAAUAUAAGCCACACAAGGAAAAAAAUGUUUGUUCAUCUAUAAAUGUCAGAUGUCCACGUCAUAUGUUUUUUUGGUACAAAGAUUUUUAAAACUUUUAAUUUUUUCUCCCCUAACGGUUCGUGCUUAAUAGCCCACCAGAAAAGUCGCUGUCAUCGCCAUCUACAUCCUCCUCAGUUUUCCUCAGUGUCAGAACUGAACAGCCCCACAAUUCCCUCAUCAUGCACCCUGCCAGUCUUUUCUCCCUCUUUCACCGUCGCUCCCAGCACUAUCCCAGUAAAUCCCAGCUUGCUGUCCUCCCCACCACGUAGCAGUCUAGCCCCUGAAACCCGCUGGCGACAGUAGACCCACCAACACCACUCCACACUGCCCAUAUCCAACAACAGACCAGCAGCAGCUGCAUCACAUGCACUAUCCACCCCGUUCUCCAUAAAAAGGGUAUGCACACAAAGCACACAAUGACUGCACCAAAGCACAUGAGAUAUCCCGAGACCGGAACAUCACCACAAAUUAACCACACCGUUGUAUAAACUGCAGGGUUCACAAUCAGAAAAAAGUAGCUAUUCAUAUACCGGAUAUUGCAGUAAUUAAAAAAAAAAAGCUAUGGUCAUGAAGUUUAAAGAUAUACACAAUUCUAAAUACAACACCACCGGAGGCCUAAACAGUUAUACAAUACAUUCCUUCCAUCCAUUGGAGUUGUUUAUUUCCACUUGUAAUCUCCAGCAUAUUUCUUGCAUGUAAUUUUAUCUCUCUGUUUGGUAAGUAUGUGUGUUUUUUUUUUCAAGGAGAGGAAUGUGUUCUUUUUGCACACUUUUACAUGAUGUAAUCAUCACUAUUUAUUUCAUGUAGUCAAGCUAUCACUGGGGGAAAAAAAUACAAUAAAGUGUUUAAUUAAA